UCAGUAGUCUCGUCCUCCUUCGGCCUCCGCACUUUACCCCGCAGAGGAGCCAUUUUCCCGCAAACCCUGCCCCUCCAUUCAUCCCGCACACUGCCGCCGCCGAGGACGCGCCUGAAGAUGGGAAACUGCCAGCCCACAGUUUUUCCCGCUGAGGACUUUGACGUGGUGGCGGACAUCAAGGCCAUCCGAAAGGCCUGCAAAGGCCUCGGAACCGACGAGCAGGCCAUCAUAGACGUUCUGGCGAACCGCAGCUGGGCUCAGCGUCAGGAGAUAAAACACGCGUACUUUGAGAAGUACGACGAUGAGCUGGUGGACGUCCUAAAGAAAGAACUGUCUGGAAACUUUGAGAAGGCCAUCCUCGCCAUGCUGGACCCGCCCGUGGUUUACGCCGUGAAGGAGCUGAGGAAGGCCAUGAAAGGCCCGGGCACGGACGAGGACGUCCUGGUGGAGAUCCUCUGCACGGCGACCAACGCUGACAUCGCCAUGUUUAAGGAAACUUACUUUCAGGUGCAUGAACGCGACCUGGAGGCGGACAUCGAAGGAGACACCAGCGGCGACGUCAGGAACCUCCUCACCCUUCUCCUGCAGGGCAACAGGGACGAGAGCUACCUGGUGGACGAGGACCUGGCGGAGCAGGAUGCCACGGCUCUGUUUGAGGCUGGAGAGGGCCGCUUUGGGACGGACGAAUCCACCUUCAGCUACAUCCUGGCCACCCGGAACUACCUGCAGCUUCAAGCUACGUUCAAGAUAUACGAGCAGCUCUCUGGAACUGAAAUCCUGGACGCCAUCGACAACGAGACGACUGGAACCCUGAAGAGAUGCUACACCGCUCUGGUGAGGGUCGCCAAAAACCCGCAGCUCUUCUUCGCCAGGCGGUUGCACGACGCCAUGAAAGGAGUGGGCACCGACGAGGACACGCUGACGCGCAUCAUCGUGUGUCGCUCCGAGUUUGACCUGGAGACCAUCAAGGACAUGUACCUGGAAAAGUACGACGUGUCGCUGAAAGACGCGCUGCGGGACGAGUGCGGCGGCGACUUCAAGCGCCUCCUGCUGGCCAUCUGCCACUGAGAGCAGAAGGGGGGGUGGAGGGGGGGCCGGUGACGCUUUUCACAUGGAAAAGGUUAAAGAUUAAAAAUAAAUAAGUGACCUUUUUAAUUUAGCACUUUCCUGUAGGUAGAGGCGUGGCUAGAGGUGGGUGUAGGUGGGGCUUGAUCACCUGUAGGGUUUUACGGACACUCCUAGAGAAGACCCCCCCCCUGAGUUGUGGUUGGUUCAGUCCAUUGUCACCUGUCAGGGUGGUGGACGGUCAGCUUCCCUCCUUUUUAGGACUCUAAACUGAUUCUUUUACACGUCUGCAUGAACUACAGUUUGUUCAUAUAAACGUAGGAAGUUCUGAGUAACUUUUUGAAUUUUUAACUCUUUUUAGAUCUGCAGUAAAUUUUUAGAAAACAAUUUAGAAUUUUAUUGGUUUAACUUCCCUCCAGUUUCUGUACAAAGUGUCCAUUUAUAACUGAGAUCAUCUCAAAACCCUAUAAAUAAUUUUCAUCGGUCCAGAUUUUUCCAAUAAAGACACUUUAUCGUUGGGAUUGUUCAGGUGUGCUAAGCCCCUCCCACUCCAGUAAAAAUGUCCCAGCAUGCCGCAGUCGGCCGGAUUGUUUGCGUUCCGCCAAAGUUAACUUUGUGCAUUUUUUUUCCACGUAGGAAAUUUCAGUUUUUCGUGAUCCAUGCGUGAUUUACGGUUCCUCGGUUGGGAAUUCCGCAUGUUAUGCAUACUUUUCAUAGUUUAUCCGCAAUUAUUACGUCAAUCUUACCUAAUUGUGUGUGAUUUGUGUCUUUCCACGGCCGUUCCAUGUUUGUCUAACUGACGUUUCACGCGUGAAGCACCGAUGUAUAACUUUUAUGUCACGUAUACGGCGGUCAUAUCACGUUCAAAUGACAUAUAUGAUACACAAGACACUAAUGAACUGCAUAUAAACACCGCAAUACUCGGUUUAGGUGUUCUUUGCGUGGUUUAGUCGUCCUCCUUCCGUGGUUUUAACGUGGUUCAAUCUGUGAACUUUUCACGUAAAGAACCUCGACGUUUCUCCGUUUCCACGUAGAUUCAGGUCUGAACCAGUUUUCGGCCGUGCGAUGCGUUCAGGGGGGACCCAUUAACGUCACACCGAUCCGCUCCGUUAGGUCGGCGUGACGCCGUAGCUUCACCAGGACCUGAAGAGGGUCGUCUUAAUUUCUGUGAUGUCAUCGUUCUUUAUGCUGCUGCUCUUCCACGCCGUGGUCAUGAAUUAUGCAAACCCCCACUUGGAGUUUCUGCAGAGUUUGUAAGUCUGGAUUGAAGGUCUGAGAGUCGGUGUCAUGAAGGAUGUGCAAAGGUCGAUGAAUUCACAGCUGAUCGCUCUGAGGCAUUUCCUGUUUCCUGUCAAUCAAACUAUUUUACUAUAACUAUUCUGUACUACUAAGUCAAAGUACUGCUCACGUUUUAUUUUCCACACAUUGUAUUUAAUGACUAACAGAGUAAAUUAAUAUAAAUAUUGGGGGAGUUGAGUGUCUUCAGUAGCGUGUCUAUUAUAAUUAAAAAUAACACCGUAGUUUUUCCACAUGUAAUGUUGUUUCUCAGUAUAGCAGCAGAUACUUUACUGUCUGUAGCCAAAAUAUAUUAAAGAUUUCUAACCCAACUUCUUGUAAAGUUGGUAGUUGCAUCAUGCUUUUAAUAUUAAAACCUGAAAAAAGUU